CUAGACUCCCCCGUGCCAUGCCUAAAGCCCCUCCGACAAGAGAUCCUUUCUGUGAUAAAUGCUAUGAUUUACACUGAUACAAUAAGUAGAAAAGUCAGUAUUCCUUCACCCUCUUCUCAUAUAAUUCCUUGUCCUCUCGACUUAAAAUUCACCAUUCAUUCCAAUUCUCUUGGCCUGUAUCUUUCUCUCCCUGACAAAUAUGGUACAAUCCAAAAAGUUCAGAGGCGUCAGGCAACGUCACUGGGGGUCUUGGGUUUCCGAGAUUCGACACCCUUUACUGAAGAGAAGGGUGUGGUUGGGGACUUUUGAGACGGCGGAGGAGGCGGCGAGAGCCUACGACGAGGCGGCGAUUUUGAUGAAUGGCCGGAAUGCCAAAACAAACUUCCCUUUUGUUGCUAGCCAGGAUGCAAAUGAUAAUAGUUCUCCAUCAUCCUCAUCAUCUGCAAAUUCUCUUUCGACAAUUCUUAGUGCAAAACUGCGAAAGUGUUGUAAAUCACCAUCUCCUUCUCUCACUUGUUUAAGGUUAGACACUGAGAAUUCUCAUAUCGGAGUAUGGCAAAAGCGGGCCGGGGUACGGUCGGAUUCGAAUUGGAUGAUGACUGUUGAGCUUGACAAGAAGAAUGAUCAGCCACCGUUGCCAGCGGCUGAGGUGGAGAUGGCGCCGGAGAUGGAGAUCGAAACCCGGGAUGGGGUAGAUGAAGAAGAAAAAAUUGCAUUGCAAAUGAUUGAAGAACUUCUUAACAGGAACUGAAAAUUGCUACGUAUCAUUUUCUUAGUUCGAUUGAAUUAAGUUGUGUUAAUUUGUUGGAAAAUGCCAAACGAACAUCGUGGUUGACACAAAGGAAGACACUACACUCACAGUCGAGGUGUGGGUCCCGCACGAAUAAAAUAAUGCCACCCUCCAUGUGAGUGUAUUGUGUCAACCAAUGUGUCAAACUUUGUGGUAGUGUAGCAUGAUUGUAAUUUGAUUGUCAUGUAGCAGUGCAUCGAGACUUUGAAGAAAUAUAUUUAAAUGUUAUACCUUAAGAGAUUGUAUAUAUUGAUUGGGACUUCCUAAGUCGUAGGGAAUUAUUUUUCUUCAAAAAUCACAAAAGAAAUGGAGUUACAAGUGGAAGAUUUCAUUUGUAAUUGGUGUUUUUCAUUUGAAGGUCUUGGAAUAUUUGAAAUAAUUAGAAAUUACACUCACCACCCUUU